CUCCUUAAAAGCUAAACUCUUUUUCAACUAUUUAUUCCCGCUUGGAAAUUUAAGACACUUUGUAAUUCCGGAAAUACCUGUUUUUCUCACAUGCAUAAUACAAUGACUUCAUUAAAGAAGAUUCAGCAAGGAAUCAUGACGAUGGUGAAUGCUUCACCGGUUGCAUUACUCGUCGUAUUGUUUACUUGGAGCUAUUGGGCAUAUAACUAUAGGAUGGGCUGGGCACAGUAUAUAAAUAAGGGACAAGCUAUUCAAGGUGUUUUGUAUAUAUUAGCAUAUCAACCUAUUUUCAUAUUAUGCACAUGGAGCUACUGGACAGUGUGUAAGACUUCACCGGGAUAUACAAUAGAACUCCAUAAAAAGAAGAAUAAAGACGAUGAAGAACAGAACGAGUUAUUGACUACAGAGGAUGAAUUGAGCUUUCAAUAUCCUAUUACAGUCAAAAGAGACGGUGCGAGAAGAUAUUGUCAGAAAUGUAAACUUGAAAAAUAUGAUAGAACUCAUCAUUGUCGACAAUGCAAAAGAUGUGUAUUAAAAAUGGACCAUCAUUGUCCAUGGAUCAACAACUGUGUAGGAUUCUACAACUAUAAGUCAUUCUACUUAUUUUUGGUAUAUGCAAGCUUCUAUUGUGUAUAUGUGUUUGCUACCACAGUUCCAAGGUUGAUACAAAUUGUGAACGAAAAUAUACUCGAGAUUGAUAUCAACCUAGUGUUACUGGUAUUCGUGAGUGGCAUAUUUGGAAUAUUCUUGGUACCAUUUUCAUUAUUUCACACAAGGCAGCUAUUCAAGAAUAGAACAACUAUCGAAUUCUAUGAAAAAUCCAAUUUUAUGCUAGGGCGUAACGAUGUGAUGAGAAGCAAAUACUUUAAUCCUUGGGAUCUUGGCUAUAAAAAGAAUAUACAGCAGGUGCUUGGUAAAAAUAAGUGGACAAUGUUUCUUCCUAUCGGGAAACCCCAAGGUAAUGGUACCUUUUAUCCCAUCAACUCUUAUGCAUACGAGACAUUGGGUAUGGAGGAAGACAUUGAAUGAAACCAUCAUAUAUAAUGCCAUACUCUUCUUUUAUUUAAAGUGUAAUUAGCUGAAGCAAAAAAUAACACUUGAAAAUAUCGCAUUCUUUACAAAUCUUCUUAAUUUUAAUAGAUUUAUAUUGAGUUGGCUUGUGCCUUCGUAUAAGAAGCAAUCAUUCAGGGAAAAGGUGUGUAUGUGGAUAUAAAGUUUGCCUGAAAUUCUUUUCCUUGAUGAAAGAACCUUGUUUUCUUUAAUGAUUUUACUAUGAAAGUGUGGCAUUUACGUCUAAAAAAAAAAACAGAAAUAGAUAUAUUGAAUAAUACAUUCUGAUUCAG